AUGACUGAGAACAAGGAUAAACACGCCGCCAACAGUGGCGGCAGCACAGAAAUCGCCAGCAGUCACAACAACAACGCGCAAGGCCAUAGCAGUGGCAACACCAAGCCGAAGGAUAAGAAAAAUGACAACGAAACGACGGUCGCGCUGGCGGAUACGCAACAUGAGCGGGAAAAGGAUAAAGAGCCGCAUGACAGAUGCGCUCACAAGGAUGAAUUUGGCACACAACGUGUCUAUAAGAAGACUUCACCAAAUUGUGUGCUCACACUAUAUUUACCCUCCCGAGAGAUCACACUCUCCGGCAAUAGUCCAGCUAUAUUGCGUGGUAUUAUCUAUGUGGAUCCAAAGGCGAUUCAGGGUUACAGAGUUUAUGCACAAUUGACAUUGACAUUUCGUUACGGUCGCGAGGAUGAGGAAGUGAUGGGUUUGCGCUUUUGUAAUGAGGCUAUUAUGUCCCUACAUCAGGUCUGGCCAAGAAAUGAGGAGCUGGCGCGUGAGUCACUCAGUCCACUGCAGGAAGCCUUAGUGAAGCGUCUUGGCGAUGGCGCACACCCAUUCACACUCACCCUAACCCCACAAGCGCCCCCUAGUGUGCAGUUAGUGCCGGCAAAACGUUACUAUGGCGCACCGAUCGGCACCAGCUAUGAUGUGCGCUGCUUUAUAGCUGAUAAAACGGAUGAAAAGUUCCAUCGGCGCGCCUCAGUCAAAAUGGGCGUACGCGUUAGCUAUCGCACUGAUGUGUAUCAGCAGUCAAACGGUCCGGAGAAUUUCGCCGCGCUCAUCAACAAUCAAGGCGCCUCACCGCCAUUGACCGCGGCGCUCACUUCACCACCCGCAACGCUUAGUGCUUCUGGUGCACUCAUCGCACAAAAUGGCAAUACAACACCGGCCUUGUGAUCAAUGCUGGGUGGCAGCGGCAGCGCUGAUAGUAAUACGAGCUUUGAAGGUGCUACGACCGCCGGCUCUGCUUACGAUUGCACCGCUAUUGCCGGCGGCAUUGGCGCUGUCGGCGUUGGCGGCAUUAGCGGCGCUCCUCUCACCGCUUCGCCGGGUGGCGGCUGCACGGUGGGCGGUGUGAUUGGCGGUAAUGCAGCGUGUGCGCUUAGCGGCGGCGGCGGUGGACCACAGGGUGCGGUGGACAAGCCGUUCCUCUUGCAGGACGGACGUGUCGGCUUGCGGGCGAGCCUCGAUAAGGCCUGGUAUACGCAUGGCGAGGAUGUCUGCGUGACGGUGAACAUCAAGAACGACAGCCGCAAGACGGUGCGGAAAGUGCGG